GCGACAUCACUUUCUAACUGUACUCAAGUAAAGAUCAACACUUAGUUUUCAUUCUGUAGUUUACAUUAAUAUUUUUGGUAAAUAAAUCUAACGAACUAAAGUAAAUCGUUAGGAGGCACCAUGACAUUCAUGAUUAAUGUUAAUAUUUACAUCCCUAAAAUAACUGACAGUGACAGAUGAUUCACUAAAGUUGUUGACGACUUGUGUUUUCGUUCUCGCGAAAUUGCUGUUUUGUUCCAAGAACAAAAGCGUGCUAUUAAUUUCGAUUCAGAUGAUUGUAGUUCAUUAAAAUGUAUUUCGAAAACGUGGGUGCAUUUGUUAGAAAUUGUAGCGGUACCAGACUUCAGUAUGACCAAGCGUGUUUGGAAAUAGGAACAAACGAACCGAUAAGUUUCUGGAGUCAAUAUGAAGAAUGCGAGGGCUGCAUCUUGCUGGAGACGAAAAAAUUGUCUUCUACGGGAGCUAUUGUACUCGAAACCCUAAGUCCAGUGCGAUACACAAUCAGAAAUGGAAAUGGUGAAAUCUGCAAUGGCGUAUACCAGUUCAGGGAGUUCGGCCAGUACAGUAUCAACGUGUCCGAAGUGACGAAGGAUUCCUGCCUGCCCCGGAUGACGGCCGAGCCGGACGCCGCCGCGCUGCCUAUUCUGACCGCCGUGGUCACCCUUCUGUCCAUGGCCACGCUCUGGUACAUCAUCAAGGGGAUCGGCAAGAGAAUAGUGGCUGGCAGGUUGUACGCGAGGUAUAUGGCGAGGGAGGACAAUGAACUCGGCUCGGAGACGCGAGUGUUGACAGCAGAAGCCAACGUGCCCCGUUCUCCUACUCGUUCGAGGCUUCGUUCAUUGGACAUCUUCAGAGGAUUCUGCAUCGCGCUUAUGAUUUUCGUGAACGCUGGCGGCGGUGGUUACGCCAUCUUCUCCCAUAGCGUGUGGAAUGGGCUCACAAUAGCAGACGUAGUGUUCCCUUGGUUUGCGUUCGCUAUGGGUGAAGCUUUGGUCCUGUCCCUCAACGCUAGACUGAGGACCUCGAUGCCCCGUACUACAGCCCUGUAUCAGGUGGCUAGCCGUUCCCUAUCGAUGGCUCUGAUCGGCAUAAUGUUGUCGUCUGUGAACGUCUCGUGGGACAACGUUCGGUUCCCGGGCGUGCUACAGAGACUGGCCGCCAUGUAUCUCAUAGUUGGUGCUUUGGAAUGUGCCUUUAUGAGGACCAGCCAGAAUAUAACGCCAGGGCGUUCCCUGUUAAGAGAUCUCGCGGCGGGAUGGCAGCAGUGGCUUGCCACUCUUGUGUUGGUAGCCAUGCAGAUUUGUAUAUCUCUCCUGGUGGCCGCACCUGGCUGCCCGCGUGGUUAUGCUGGCCCGGGAGGAUUACACAUGUCCACAUCCAACGUCUCGCUACAAAACUGCACCGGCGGCAUCGCUGGACACAUCGACAGACUCAUUCUCGGCCCCUCGCAUCUUUACAAAGGCGGUACAUUUCGUCAUUUAUACAACACUGUAGUCCCACACGAUCCUGAGGGCAUACUGGGAAUAUUCUCAGGCGUUCUCGUGGUGCAGGCCGGGGCACAUGCGACUAGGAUAAUGCUCGCAUACAAUCAUGCUAGGGCUCGUAUAAUGCGCUGGGUGUUCUGGUCCAUAAUAUUGGGCGUGGCUGGCGGUGCCUUAUGCGACUUCUCCAAGAACGGUGGUCCCAUACCCAUUAACAAGAACCUUUGGUCAAUCUCCUAUUGUAUGGUGACUGCUUCCAUGGCGCUGUUCAUUCAAGCACUGCUGUAUUUCAUCGUGGAUCUGAAGACUAAGUGGGGAGGUAGACCGCUGUAUUAUGCUGGUCAAAACGCCCUAUUCCUCUACAUCGGCAGCAUAUUACUCAAGAAGCAUUUCCCCCUAUAUUGGUACAUUCCGGCCCCGACUCACGCGCAGCUAUUGGCUACUCACGCAGCUGGCAUGUUAAUAUGGCUGGCUGUCGGCGUAGCUUUAUAUAAGAAACGCAUCUUUAUCACCUUGUAAUAAA